AGGGAGAGGAAAUGGAGAUAGGAGAGGAGAGGGAAAUGGAGGAGAGAGGAGAGGACGGAACAGGUCGUUCAAUCUCACAUACCGCUAACUACACCCCUUCCAAAAAAAAUCCUCUCCCUCCCCCUCUCUCUCCUUAAAAACAGUGGCGUCUUUGUUUCAGAAACGACCCCCCCCCCCCCCCCCCCCCACCCCAAAAUAAAGUGGGGGCCCCUGUGAAGAAUUGCGCGUCUGUGCCCCUCAGCGGGGUCUCUCUCAUCCUGUCCGGAUUGUAACUCUGGGUCGCGGUUCUGGGUUUGGUUUUUGAACAGGGCUUCGUGUUUUGAAGUUUGCUGGUUUUGAGAGAGUAUGUUUUAUUUGUUUUUUCCGCGGUUAGUCAGGAAGGCUGUUAGUAUCGUGGGUUUGGAUCAAAACACUAUUUAAAUCUCGUUUAUAUCAGUCCGGGAGGCAUUAAAACGAAGUGAUGUCAGGCUCUGUGCGAGCUCAGGGCUCCCCCCUGUGGUGGCUGGCGGUACUGCUCCUCUGCCAGCUCCCCUCUCUCAGCGCGACCUGCCCCUCCUUCUGCAUCUGCGAUCAGAUCAAGCUGGCAGUGAGCUGCGUGAAGAGAAACCUCACUGAGGUGCCAACCAGCAUCCCAGAGGUCUCGAAGCGUCUGGAUUUUCGGGGGAACUCUAUCAAGGAGAUCGUCUCCGGCUCCUUCCUGCCCCUCCCCUACCUCACCCACCUCAACAUGCAGGGCUGCGCUAUCGAGACCCUCCAGGAGGGGGCGUUCAGGGGGCUGGGGCGCCUGCUGUACCUCAACCUGGCUUCCAACCGCAUCGCUAUCAUAUACCAGGAGUCGUUUGAUGGGCUGGCUGCUCUCCAGCAGCUCCAGCUCUCCGGUAAUCGCCUGGAGGAGAUCCAGCCCGGCUCUUUCUCCCAGCUCGGCUUCCUCAACUUCCUGAACCUGGGGGAGAACUUCCUGGUUUUCCUGCCCAGCCUGGCGUUCCAGGGGCUGCAGAACAUUCGCUGGGUGCGCCUCUCCCACAACGCCCUGAGCACCCUGGCUGAGGAGGCCUUCGCGGGACUCUUCACCCUGCAGAGGCUCAGCCUGGAUCACAACGAGCUGCAGUUCUUCCCCACGGAGACUCUGUCCAGGUUGACGUCGUUGACCCGGUUGGAUCUGGGUUCGAACCCCGUCACGUACCUGGGGGAGGAGGCGGUGCGCAUGCCCAGCCUGAGACAGCUGUUCCUGGACCGCCUGUCCUUGCAGGACGUGUCCCUCACCGCGCUGGACAAGGCGCCCAAACUCGUCCUCCUGGACCUGAGCUUCAACCAGCUGAGAGUGUUACAGCCCCUGAGCGGCCCAGAGAAACUGCAGCAGGUGAAUCUCACUGGAAACCCGAUCCAGUGUAACUGCUACAUGCGUCCGUUCCGGGAGUGGACGGGCCGGGCCCGGGUCCGAGCUGAGGUGUUCUGCGCGGGGCCCGUCCCGUUCCGAGGGGAGCGCCUGGACUCCCUGCGGCCCGUGGACCUGCGCUGCCAGAGCCAGGCGGAGAUGGAGAAAGCAGAGCGAGAGGACAGGCUGCUGCUCCCAGCCCUCGAACCCACAGCCGAGUCCCGGGAGCAGAGGGGCCAGUGCCCAGAGCACUGCGACUGCAAGGCUGAUAUUCAGCACUCCAGCUGCGAGGGGAAAGGUCUUCAGAAAAUCCCAAAAGGAUUCCCGUCGGAUACGAAGCUCCUGGACCUGCGGGGCAAUCACUUCCACUAUAUUCCCGGGAAAGCAUUCUCCGGCAUGGGUGAAGUGGUUUCACUGCACCUCCAAAAGUGCGGGAUCGUCGAACUGGAGCCAAAAUCCUUCUCCGGGAUGAAAAAACUGGUGUACCUCUACCUGUCCCAGAACGAACUGUCCCAAAUCAACGCGGAGGCGUUCGAGGGAGCCCCCCAACUCUCUUACCUUCACCUGGAGCGUAACAAAUUCAAAACCUUCCCCCGGGGGGCGUUCGCGCUCCUUCCCAGCCUCUUCACCCUCCACCUGGAGCACAACUCCAUCGGCCAGCUGGCCCGGGGCGACCUGGAAGGAGCCGGGACGGUCCGGAGCCUCUACCUGACCGGGAACGGUCUGGUUUCUCUGGCCGACGGCUGCCUGGCUCCGGUCAGGGAGCUGGAGUCGCUCUCCUUAGAAGACAACAGGCUGGAGGAAGUCCCCUCCCGCUCCCUCGGCCACGCCCCCCUGCUGCAGGAGCUCCGCCUCUCCGGGAACCCCAUUCGCUGGGUGGGGCCGGACGCUUUCCUCCCAUUGGCCGGCUCGCUCAGGCACCUGUAUCUAGCUGGGAUGGGAUUGGAGAAGCUCUCCAGCAAGGCUCUCUCUGGACUGGGGGAAGGCUUGAGGAGCCUCUAUCUGGAGAACAACCAGUUAGAGAACGUUCCGAGUUUGACCAGUUUCACCAGUCUGGAGGUGAUCAACCUGGCUGGCAAUCCCUUCCACUGUGACUGCCCGCUCCUGCCCCUGCGCAAGUGGAUUGAGAAGGUGAACCUCAAAGUGCGGGCGACUUGUGGGUCACCCCCAGAACUUCGGGGGCACAAGGUGAAAGACGUCACCGUGUUCAAGAGCUGCCCGGGAGAGAAACCGCCCCCCAGACCCCAAAAAAACAAGCAGGUCAAACCGGCGGGGGUGAAGACCACAGGGACCCCCAAAACACACAAGACCCUGAAACCAGCGGCAAAAAAACCCAAGGCUUAAAACACGCGUCGUCAGCGCCCCUGCGGGGCGCGCAUUCCUCCAUCUCUCCGCUGAAGCGCUUCUCCCCUUCUCAGGAAAACUCGCUCCGAGCGUCACUCAGCUCAGGUUCUGGAGAAUCUCAGAUUGCGGGCGUGUCUGUCUGUCUGUCUGUCACACGACUACAUCUCUCUGUCGAAAGCCCUUCUCCCGUUAUCAAGGAAACUCGCCGAUUCUUGUCCCUCGCUGAUCUGCGUCACGAUCACCCACGUCACUCAGAGCUCUUGACUGGCAACGUGUUGCCAUGGCGACAGGGGGGGAUGACAUCACCGACGGGCUGGUGGUUCUGGAGUGAAAUUCAUUUCACGGAGAGCGGGUUUUACUGGAUCCCAGGGCGCAACAUUUGAUCCCAAAUAAAACAUUUUUAAAACAAA